AUGCCGCCCGGACCGUUUGCAGGGCACAUGAAGGACGGUCCGGGCAAAGACUGGGGGGAGAGAGGAGGGGGGAUAGUGAGCUCCUCAGACCUGGCAUUCAGCGAGAGAAAGUUCAAUGACAUGCAGGGAGGAAAAAGCACAAGUGACCAGCAGGGAUUAGCCAAUCAGAGCGUCAGAAGAGUAGCCAGCUGUUCAUUCUGGACGCAGCGAAAAAGCAGCCCGGAGCAGGUGGUGCAGCGCGGUGCCAGCGGUGCUACAGAGGAGGAGAAGAAGAAGAAGAAGAAGGAGAAGAAGAAGAUGGUGAUAAAAGAAAUCAUGUGUGGAUGUUCCUGCAGUACUGCUGGACUCUGGGCCGCCUUCCUUUCUUGCUUUGCCUCGCAGUAUUAUGCAUAA